AUGUCUGCUUUUGAGGAAUUAGGGUUACAUACUAACCUUUGUGAAUUGUUAGAAAAAAAUGGAAUCGAUCUGCCAACAGCAAUUCAACAAGAAUCUAUUCCGUUAAUUUUAGGAGGUGGUGAUUUAUGUGCAUGUGCGGAAACUGGUACAGGUAAAACUAUGAGUUUUAUUGUAUCGUCUUUACAAAUAGUACAUGAACUGUUCAGAAAUAUUGGGACAUAUUCAAAGGGGGAUAGCAAUAAAGAUGACGGAAAGAGCAAAGAUGACGGAAAGAGCAAAGAUGACGGAAAGAGCAAAGAUGACGGAAAGAGCAAAGAGAGCGGAAGCAAUCACAGUAUAAAGGAGAAUAACGCAAAACGACUUUUGAUAAAAUCGCUAAAUAAUUACAAUCCUAGGGUUCAAAUUAAUAAUGAUAAAUAUGAAUGUAUUUGCCGGAAUAGUUCAAAUUUUUAUGAAGAAAUAAAAGUAGAUUGUGAAAUAAAAAAUGAUAUGUAUGCAUUUGAAAUAAAGAUAUUAGAUAAAAGUUUUAUAAAUGUUGGUUUUUGUCCAUUAGUUAAAGAUACAUUAAAAUAUAAUUACACAUAUAGUAGUAAUGGUUGUAAAUAUGCAAAUGGUAGAGAAGAGAAAUAUGGAGAGCCAUUUUUAAUAAAUGACAUAAUAACAUGUUUAAUAAAUAAAAGAUCUAAUAUUAUUGCUUUUAAAAAAAAUGGUAAAUUUAUGGGAAAUGCUUUUAAAACAUUUUAUAAAUAUAAUGAUAUACCUUUUUUUCCAUAUAUAUUUGGUACAUCUUUUCAUGUAAGUUUCCAAUUUAAAAAUUUGAAAUAUAUAGAUAAUACAUAUUAUAAAGAAUUAUGUGAUAUUUUUAAUGAGAAUACAGAAAAUGAAAAUUCUGAAAGAAAAAUAUAUUUCGAUUCAGAUAUAAAAGAUGUAGAAAAUUCAUUUAAAUUUGAAAAAAAUGAAACAAAUAAUUAUAUUGGAAAAGAUCUUAAUAAAUAUGAUGAAAAUAAUAAAAAAAAAUUAUAUUGCAUAGUUAUAUGUCCAACAAGAGAUUUAGCAAUGCAAACCUACAAUAAUUAUUUAAAAUAUUCAGAAUGUUUUGAUAAUUGUUCUAUUAAUAUAGAAUUAAUUGUUGGUGGGGAUCAAAAUUUUGGAGAUAAAAAAAAUAAAGGAUCAAAAAAUGUUAAUUCAUAUAGUAAUAUUAUUGUGUGUACAUCAUUUAAAUUAAUUGAGAAUAUAAAAAAAAAUACAAUAAAUCUUAAAAAUAUAAAAUUAUUAAUUUUAGAUGAAGCAGAUGAACUUAUAAAUAAUGAUGAAAAAUCUAUAAUUCAAAUAAAAGAUGCAUGUAUGAAAUAUAGUCAAAAUAUUCAAACUUGUUUUUUUUCAGCUACAUUACAAGACAAAAAUGUAAAAGAAUGUAUAAAUAAAAUAACAAAUAAACCAAUAUUUAUUGAUUUAAAAUAUGGAAAAAAUAUAAUUCCAUCAAAUAUAUAUGUUUGUAUUUAUUAUGUAAAAAGUAACGAUACAUAUCAAUAUAGUGAUAAAGAAAUCGAAUAUGCUAAUAUAAUAUAUAAUGAAAAAUUGAAUAAUAUGAAUAAUUCCAAUUUAUAUGAAUAUACAGAUAAAGUACAUGUAUUAAAUAAAAAUGGUAUAAAAAAAGAAGAUAUAUCAUUAAAUAUAAAAAUUAAUAAAUUAAAAAAAUUAGUACAUAUAAUAAAUGUAUUUAAUAUGGAAAAUGGUAUUAUAUUUUGUAGAACAAAUUUAGAUUGUGAUAAUAUUUAUAAUUUUUUAAAUAGUGUUGGAGAUGGAAAAGCAUAUAAAGGAUCAGCAGCAACGACAAAAGAAAAUAAAUAUUCAUGUGUUAUAUUAAAAGGAAAAAUGUCAAAUGAUGAAAGAAAAAAUAAUUUAGAUGCUUUUAAAAAAGGCGAAGUUCGUUUUUUAAUAUGUACUGAUGUAGCAGCAAGAGGUAUUGAUAUUCAAAAUUUAAGAUAUUUAAUUAUUAUGACUUUGUCAGAUAAUUAUAGUGCUUUUUUUCAUAAAGUUGGAAGAGUUGGAAGAGAUGGAAAAAAUAGUUUAUGUAUUGUUUUAAGUUCAGAAAAUGAAGAAGAAAAAGUUUGGUAUCAUAGUUGUCCAACUAGGGGUGUAAAUUGUUAUAAUAGAAAUUUAAAAGAACAAAAAGGAUGUACUAUUUAUAUUAACGAGUCAGAUUAUAUUAAAACUAUUAAUGAAAUGCUAGAAGUACCAAUGCAUGUUAUCGAUUCAAAAUAUUAUUAUGUAGAAAAUUUGUUUGAUCCAUUAAAUUAUUUAAAAAAUAAUUUAGUAAAUAGUAAUAACAAUAAAAGUAGAAGAGAUCAGAAUAAAAAUCAAAAUUCGAUUUUUGCUGAUAUUAUGCACACAGAUUCAUCAAACAUGUUCGAUCAAAAUAUAAAUAAAAUCAAAAAGUUGAAAACCGCUAUAUGUUGCAAACAUUACGAAUUGAUGAAUUUCGCUAUUUAA